AUGGAAACUCUAAUGGAGGGAAAGUCGGAGCGUUUCUACCUAGCUGCAGAAGACCUUUUUUUAUCUCUGCUUUGUUCGUUUGGCAAUUGGUACAACAAGUCGGGUCGAGCUGAGCUUCACAUACGUUCUUCUAAGUUCUCUAACUCCUCUGAAAGCCCAGCGGAGAUGUUCGCGCACGAGUGGCAUGGAUUCAUCCCUCCCUGCCACAUGAAGGUGCUUCAGCUGUGCCCCAUUUUGGCCUUCCUGGCCAUUCUGCUGAUCACCCCGGUUCUUCUAGUACGCAUCCUGUCCCGAGUUGACCUGCGGCAGCAGACUCGUUACCUCCUCCUGGCCAAUGUUCUCUUCAGUGACCUGCUGUUUGUUUGCAUGAAUAUCCUGAGUGCCUGCAUCAAUUUAGCCGGUGUGUUGAUGACGGAGUGGCCAUGUGCCGUGCUGCUCUUCCUCUCUGCAGUUUUAUACAGCUCUGGGGUACUAAGCAUUACAGCAAUGGUACUGGAUACCUGCUUUGCAGUGUUAGCCCCCUUUCGCUACCUGGCACUGUGGCCUGUGUCACGGACCUACGGAGCAAUUGUUGCCAUCUGGGUCAUCUCUGUCUUUCUUCCUGCAGCAGCUGUUGGCAUGUUUUUGUGGUACCAUAGUACGGCCCCCUGCGCCCUCCACCUCUGCUCCCUUCCUUUGCUGAUGGUUUUGACCGUAAGCCACUUUCGCCCACUCCAUGUCUCCAUGCUGCUGACGGUCACAGGUAUCAUUUUCAUCCUCCUUCUAGUGUUGUCUGGUUACCUCAUCCUCUACUUUUGUACCCGUAGUUCGGGCGUGUGGAAGGGCGAGACCUCGUCUCGUGCUAGAGGAACAUUUCUCAUCCAUUAUCUCCACCUGUUCCUGGCUUUCUGUCCCCUGCUGGUUUUGAUGAUCGAGCUGAUGCUUUGCCACAACAGUGAGACUAUGGACCCCAAAGCAAGCCUGUGGAUGUCCUUGGUGGUGUGUAACAUCUUGCUCAUCCUGCCCAAAGCCUUAGCCCCGUACCUGUAUGGGCUCCGCUAUAGAGAACUGUGCAACUUGCUGUUCCAGUUCUUUCAUCUGAAUAGGCCAACUACUAUCACACCUGUGAUAUAA